CAGAUUUAUUAGUUCCCGUGAGCAGCAGCAGCUGGAGCAGAGACUGCAGCGGUGGAGGCAGCCAGCAGGCUGAAGCUGGGAGUGGGCAUGGACACCGUCGCCUCCCUCUCGCCCCUGCGCCACCCAUCAGCGUCGUCGGCAUGCAAGCUGAGCACGGCGGCGAGCACUACUAGUCGCCCUGCAGCAGCCAGCAGUCGGCGGCUGCUCAAGCUAAAGCAGAGGAUCAUCAUCAGUACAGCUACAGCCAGUAACUCACCACCAGCCCGGCCAAGAUCAUGGCCUCGUGCUAAUUCUGCGUCUAGUGCGGCGAAGACGACGACGGCAGCAGAGCCGCCGCAGAAGGAGAAGGACCUCGUCUUCGUGGCCGGCGCCACCGGAAGAGUUGGCUCCCGAGCCGUCAGGGAGCUCAUCAAGCUUGGCUUCCGUGUCCGCGCUGCCGUCAGGAACGCGCAGAGGGCGUCGUCCCUGGUGCAGAGCGUCCAGCAGCUGAAACUAGACGUCGACGCAGCUGCUGCAAUUUCGCGUGAGAUGCUUGAGAUUGUGGAGUGUGACCUGGAGAAGCAGCCGCAGGAAGGCAUCGUGAAGGCCAUAGGCAAUGCUUCAUUGGUGGUGUGCUCCAUUGGUGCCAGCGAGAAGGAGAUCUUGGAUGUGACGGGGCCAUACCGCAUCGACUAUUUGGCCGCCAGCAACCUUGUACAAGCGGCCACUGCUGCCAAGGUCGAGCACUUCAUCCUGGUCACGUCCCUGGGCACCAACAAGAUCGGCUUCCCUGCGUUCCUCUUGAACUUGUUCUGGGGGGUUCUGUGCUGGAAGAGACGAGCUGAAGAAGCACUCAUCAGCAGUGGCAUCCCCUACACGAUCGUAAGGCCCGGAGGAAUGGAGAGGCCAACGGACGCUUUCAAGGAGACGCACAACCUGGUGGUGGCAGCCGAGGACACCUACGUGGGUGGCCUCGUCUCCAACCUCCAGGUCGCCGAGCUGAUCGGAUGCAUGGCCAAGAACAGGAGGGCAGCCUACUGCAAGGUGGUGGAAGUGGUCGCCGAGACAACCGCGCCGCUGCUGCCCAUGGAGCAGCUGCUCUCCGCCGUCCCUUCCAAGAGGGAACCCCCAGCUGAGGAGGAAACAGAGGAGGUGAAGAAGCCAGCAGCGGCGACAGCAGGAGCAGGGCGACCACUCUCACCGUACACGGCGUACGAGGGGCUGAAGCCACCUUCCUCCCCACCCCCCACACCGAGCAGCAGCCGGAGCAACGAUUCUCUUCCAAACAAGAAGCCCCAGCAAGCGGAAGAAGUAGAGGCGGCAGCGUCCUCACGGACCUCAAGCCGGCCCCUCUCUCCAUACACUGCAUUCGUGGACUUGAAGCCGCCGCCUCCUCCUCCUCCUCCUCCUCCUUCUUCUUCUUCUUCAGUUACAUAUGGAGGCACUAAUUCUUCAUCGGGCAUUGGCAGCAGCAAUCCAUCGGAUCAACCGCAGGGGGAGAAUGAGGUGAAGCAACAGCGGCCACUUUCACCCUACACAAGGUACGCAGAGCUGAAGCCUCCAAGCUCGCCAACCCCAUCUGCGCCCAAGACAUAGAGAUAAUUAAUUUUACAGUUCACAACCGCCAGUUCUGCCCCCGUCUCUUUAAGUAGCUACUGCAGGUAGAAUCAUUCAUGGUUUCAGUUACAGCUACAUUUUUUUGAGCAAAGUUAACAGCUACAUACGGUUUUGUCUCACUUGGGCUCAAGAGAAAGAAGCAUCUUCAAAUUUGUUUCAA